AUGAUUAGCCUGAAGCGCCUGAAGCCUGAAGCGUCCAUGCUUGCAUGCACGCACAGGGUUGAAUUAAUAAGCUUGCUUGAUAAGCACACGCUCUUAAUUUGUGAAGUGAAAACAAUCAGCCAUUGUGAUUUUACGUUCCUUACUCGCAAAAUAAGUCAGUCACAGUCACUCAGUCUUACACAGUCGACGAGUGAAAACGGACAUCAAUGCGUCAGCGGCUCGAGCAGUGUCGUCUGA